AUGACACAACAGAUGAGGGACCUGCAGCUGGCACAGGCCAGAAAGCCACCAGGCCCUUCCUCACCAAACGCAGCCAAGAGGCUCUACCGAAACCUGUCUGGGAAAUUCCGCGUCAACUACACCUCCUUUGACGAGGGCAGCCUGGUGGGACGGGGUGACAAGGAGAAGCUCCGCAAGUCUUACCUGUUCCAGAGCAAUGCUGCCCUCUUUGAGGCUGUGGAGCUGCAGGAUCUUGACAGGGUGCAGGAGAUGCUGAAGCACUACAGCCCUGAGGAGCUGGACCUCAACACCCCCAACAGCGAGGGGCUCCUGCCCCUGGACAUUGCCAUCAUGACCAACAAUGCUCCCAUCGCCAGGGCCCUGCUACAGGCGGGAGCGAAGGAGAGCCCACACUUCGUGAGCCUGGAAAGCCGCUCGCUGCACCUCUCCACGCUGGUGCGGGAAGCGGAGCAGCGCGUCAACGAGCUGAUGGCACAGGUGGUGAACGAGGCACCCAACGCUGACUGCUCCGAGAAGGAGAAACAGCUCAAGGCCUGGGAGUGGCGAUUCCGGCUUUACAAGCGCAUGAAGGCAGGGUUUGAGCAUGCCCGAGUGCCAGAUGCCCCUAGCAGCGUCCACCUCUCUGUGGCCAGCAGCUCCUCAUUGCAGGUGACCUUCUGGGAGCCCCUGAGCAUCAACUUGGCUGUUGUCACCAAGUACAAAGUGGAGUGGAGCUGUUCCCCCAGCUUCUUGCCACUGCUGGGAGAAGCAUUGAUCGACAAGCUGAAGGAGCUGCACUUUACCAUCCAGGGGCUGGUGUCGGGCACGGCGUACCACGUCCGCGUGUCUGCCUACAACAUGAAGGGCUGGGGUCCCCCGCAAGCCUCCACGCCCCCCUUCGCCAUCCCUUCCAACUGGCGGGAGUACGAUGGCCGGGCACCGCGGCGGAGGGGACAGGCUGAGGCUCUGGACCAUCUGCUGGGCCAGGUGAAGACCGUCCACCAGCACUGCAUUUGCCAUGAACCCUGCAAGAACCAGCCCCAGAGCAGAAAGCAUUCAGUCUCCAAGAGUCUCAAGCACCUCUUCCACCCUGGCAGCAAGUUUCUCAAGACAUUGAAGCGGGGCCUCUACCUGACAGCCAUCUUCUACAAGGAUGACAACAUCUUGGUGACCCAUGAAGACCAGAUCCCUGUGGUGGAGAUUGAUGACACCUACUCCUGCCUGCUCAUGCAGGAUUUCCUCUGGCUUACCAAGGUGUCAUGUAUGUGGGACGAGAUCCUGUGGCUGCGGCAGUGUGUCACCGUAUCCCAGUCCUCCUGCUCCUGCAUCCUGCAGACACGCUUCAAGAUGCUGCUGGCCAUCUCGCAGAUGCAGGGGCUGCUAGGCAUCCAGGACCUGGGGCAGGUUUUCUUCGAACCCAUCAAAGACAAACAGGGCAACAUCCUCAUCGUCACCCUGAAGGAGGUGAAGACCAACCAGACCUUUGAGAGCGUCCGCUGGGUCCCCAUCUGCAAGCUGCAGAGCAGCCGCAAGUCCGUGUCCUCCCCUGAGGAGCCCACUGCUCUGGACAUGCUGCUCAUCUCUGUCCAGGACAAGCUGGCAUAUCACCAGCGGAGCAGCCUUGCCCUCUCCCCGGGCCUCUACCUGGGCUACUUGAAGCUGUGCAGUGCCGUGGAUCAGAUCCGAGUGCUGGUGCCAGAGCAGCUCCCCAACAUCCUGUGCCACGUCAAGAUUCGCUCCAAUCCCAACAUCUCCAGGGAUGAGUGGGAGUGGCUGCAGAAGAUGGCCAGCGUGGAGGAGCCUGUUCCCACAGAGACAGAGACUGACAGGUUCCAGAACCCCUUGUUUCAGGAGCUCCAAGUGGCCAUCAAGGAGCUGAUGACCCUGGUGAACAUCCCAUUGCAGGAGGCCAAAGACUUCCGUCUGUACAGCCAAGAGGUGCUGGAAUUUGGGGACCAGGUCUCCUUCCUGCUGCUGCUGCCUCCAUCAGAUGAUGUCUGCACUGCUCCAGGCCAGAACAACCCCUACACCCCUCGCUCUGGCUUCCUCACACUGCCACUGCAGAUCUUCGAGCUGGUUCACUUCUUCACAUACGACCGAGAGUUCAUCACGCAGUACUGCCAGGUGUCCGCCCUGCUGGAGCUGGAGUCACUUCUCUCCCAGCAGAGCCUCAGGGAGGCUUUCUCCGAUGCUGAGCUCUCCACUGCCAAGCAGAGGCACCAGCAGGUUCAGGACUACAUCCAGCAAAUGGAGGAGAUCUGGCGAGAGAUGCGCUGGAUCAUGGAUGUCCUGCAGCAUGCCCGCUACAAGCAGCCCUCCUGUGGGGUGUCUCUCAUUGGCUUCCUCAGCGAGGCUGGAGGUCCAAUGAAGGAGAAAACCCAAUCCUCCUCAUCCCACCUUGAGUACCUUCCGUCCCCAGUGCCCUCACCAGAGACCAGCCACAAGCUCAACUCUGACUCGCACGGGCUGUCAGAUGAGGAAGGCUCCUCGGAGGUGUUCCUGGCCACCGACAGUGACUAUGACUCCAGCCGGGCGCAGAGCCCAAAGGAGCUCGACCUGGUGUACUCCUCCUCGGGGCCCGAAUGCUGCAGCCGGAGGGUGGCCCGCACCUUGAGGGACAGUGCCCCGGAUGUCCUGCAGAGCAACGAGCUCAAGACCCCAUCGCCAGUGCCACCACCACCCGAGGAGCCGCGGCCACCGCCCAUGCUCUACGACAGUGACUUCGUGCUGCCCAGCCGGCAGAUUGAGCUGCUGCGCAUCACAGAGAAGCGACAGGCGUACUGCGUCCGCACCAGCAGCCUGGACUUCCCCAAGCCCCACUGCCCCACCCCGAGAAAGUCCUGCCCUGGCUCCGUGGACAUCUCCCCGACUGAGAGCAGGACCACAGGGCACUGCGGCCAGCUCAGGCUGGGGACUGGCUCGACAGCCAGCCCCGAGCACCACCGGGGCAGGCAGGGCUCAGAGCCCGCCUGCCGGACGCGCUCAGAUGAGUGGACUCAGAACUUGCCAGAGCAGCAGCCAGAGCAGCCCGGUGGCUUGGCUGACCAAGGGAAGAAGCUGGGCUCUGUCACCUUGAGGGUCUGCCCUCAGUAUGAAACGGGACUCUCCAAAGAGACCAGUGUCAAGGAGGAGGGACUUCACACAGAUCCCUCCAUGCUGCACAUCACCAGCCAGACGCCUGCCAGGGAGGUGGUGAAGUUGGUGGUGCUGGAGAUGAACGACAUCUCGCAGGACGUGCUGGGCGGCUCAGCCGCUGUCUGCUACGGCGAGGAGCAGCUGGAGCACUUCGGACUGGUGUUCGCUGCUGACGAGAGCGAGCGGUGGCUCCCCGAUGAUUUCUUGCCUCUGUCCCUCCACACCAGCCAGCCCGAGGGGCGGUUCUAUGUCCGCAUCAAGGAGACCUCCCCUCUGGUGCUCCAGUACGGGCCAGCGACCACCCUCGGGGACGCCUGGACACAGCUCAUCUGUAAGAAGAUUGGCAGUGCUGGAGCAGAGGGUGUGUUACCGUGGCUCUUGGCAAUUGCCAACAACCCAAAUCUUUCCCAAGGCAGGCAGGGUGGACGAUGUGGGACGUGCUCCUGCAGUGUGCUGGCCCUCAAGCUGUCAGACUGGCUGGAGCAGGCCAGUGAAGGGGGAAGAGUCAUCAGUGAGGAGUGUGUGAAGCUCUUCUCUCCAGAGACAAAGAGCAGCAGUGGAGCAGGUUUUGCUCUCGCCUGGUCUGAUUCCAGGACAAGUAAUCUUUGUUUACCAUCAUUACCCAUCUGGACAGUGGAUUACAUCUGUGCUCAGAGAGUCAUAGAAGUGUUAAGGAGCACAGUGGAUGCUCAGGGGCUCCAGCGUCCAGUGCAGCCACCCCAGCGACCCUGUGCCGUGCCAGGCCGUGCCGUGCCGUGCCAGGCUAUGCUGGGCUGUGCCGUGCUGUGCCAUGCCGUGCCAUGCCGGGUCGGGCCGUACCGUGCCGGACUGUGCCUGGUCCGUUCACACACGGCCGUGGCCCGAGCGCUGGAGGUUCGGGCAGCCCGGAGGCUCAGGCACGCUCCUCCGCGGGACUUCAAAGCGGGCUCCUUUGUGUGUGUGCGUGUUUGUUCCCCUCCCCUCGGUACGACUGCUCUGAUCGAUGUGACAUCACCUAGAGACGACGCGGGGGGACCAGACCCCGCCAUUGUCCCCGGGCUGGGAGGCGAUGUCCGUCUCCUAGGAGGUGGGAGCUGGGGCUCGCAGGCAUGCUUUCAUCUCGCUGACCUGCCCCGCUGGCGAGAGGGUUCUUCCCAAGGCACCGGCCUGGGGAGAGGCGUCCCCAUUGCACAGCAGAAGGGACACGAGUGA